AUGUCCAGUGAUAGAAGAAAAAAUCGUUUAUUACUUGAUAAUGAUAUUCAAGAAAUAGAAAAUAUGCAGACAAUAUUUGAAUUUCAAGUUCAAAUUUGUAGUGAUAGUACUCAAUAUAAAUCUCCUGAAUAUGUAUUACGUGGCACUGAUUUACAUUGUUAUGUAAAGUUAAAAGUCACAGGUCUUUAUGUUAUGACUUUUUUUUUGAAAAUUAAAGACGAUUACAAAAAUUUCUGUGUUGAUAAACCACGGUUUAAAGAAAUUUUAUGUUUUACUCGACGUAAUCAUUUCCUGGAUAGAGUAACAAUUAAUGAAGAAAAUCCAACAUUAUCAAUCAAACGUUACUAUGGAAAUAUACCUGAUAUCGGUAGUUUUAAAGUAACUGUCACGUAUACAAUAAAAUGUUACGAAAUUAUAACUGACGAAAAUUUAACGAUGCUUUUUAAUCUGCAAAACAUGUACGAAGACAAAAAAUUUACAGAUUUGAAAAUAAAUGUCGAGGGAGAAGAAUUUUUAGCCCAUAAAGCAUUACUUAUCGGAAAUCCUGUAUUCGCAGCAAUAUUACGAAAUGAUAUGCAAGAAAGUAAUGAAAACAUCAUUUAUAUCAAAGAAAUGGAUCCAGCGGUAUUUCAGAUCAUACUGAGAUAUCUUUAUCUUGGUGACACUGGUAAUAUUAAUUUUAAAAAACAUGGAGUUGAUUUUCUUAUAAAUUUAAUAGUAGCAACAGAUAUGUAUCAAAUGGGAUAUCUAAAUACGGAAUUAAUAAAAGUAGCAAUAAGGUAUAUAAACUUGAGAAAUGUUAUUAAACUUUUUAUACUCGCAGAUAGAUUUAGCAUUCUCCAAUUAAAACGAAAGAUUAUGCUCUAUAUAAGAAAUCAUCGUAAGGAAAUUUGGGACUCCUUACCAUUUAAAGAACUAAUAAAAAAGAAUCAAAAAUUGACAGGCGAGCUCCUUUCAUACAUCAUGGAACAUGGAUUGCCAUAAUACGUCUCGUUUUAUCAUUUAUUACUUGUUGAUAUGUUCAAUUUUUUUUCUAAUGUAAUCGCAAUAAAUUUUUUAUUAGUAUACAACAAUGUUUUAUUUAAUAAAAAAAAAAAAAGAAUUGGAGUGUGUACUUAUAUACGCACACAAGAAGUUAUAUUUUGUUUCUAUAACUUUACUAAUGUCUGAAUCUUACUUAUAGAUCAAAUAUAGUAUUUUACUUCUGAGAAAGGGCAAAUAGCAUUCAUCUACAAACUAGUCAAAGAACUAACUUAUUUUUCACAUAUACGGUACACGUGAACAAUACACCAAGCU